AUGGAUGCCGAUAUACCGCCUCCGCCAUACAGCCAAACCGACCUUAAUCCAAGAAAAUCGCCAUGUUCAAAGAGCUCUGAGAUUGUCGCUCCUCGAGGUUACUUUAAUACCCCGUAUUUACUCCAAACCCCUGUCGUAUCCACUAUCGACUUGAUCGACCAUCAACCUUGUUUCGAAGGGUCAUUUCUGAUACUGGAACCUACUCACCUCUGUUUUUCGUUGCAGGAACCAUUAUAUCCUGGUGCUGCUCCAUGUCAAAUCUACCAACUACAAAGAUCACCAUUAUCACGACCACAAGACUUUCCACAUUUUCCGCAAUUCUCAUUGAGAGACAUUACCGAGCAGGACUGGACAGCAUUUCUAAAUGAACUCCGUCCAGCCAACACAACUAAUCCUAGUUCCAAUCUCAACUCUGGCCAAUGCUUAAAAGCCGAACGGGUAGUAAAGGAGAUGUAUGGAUUGUCUCUAUCAGAUUCUGGUCUAUCAGGUAUUUGGAUUGGCUCGGACUCUGCUCUAAUUGCGGCACUUAACCAGGCUUCCCACCAUUCGGAGAUCACCUCUAGCUUGAGCUAUUUUGCUACAGAGUGGAAUAAAAAAUUCUUUGCGCCUCGUGGUAUGAAGAUCAUUUUCAACAAAAGAAACGACAUUCCGUUACACUUAGAAAAAAAAAAUAUCGCUCAAAGACCAUUGGUCACCAAGAAAAGUUUUUUUCAGGAUGGCUAUGGAUUCAAAAUUGGGCCAAUCUUAGUUAAUAGGCAAGGCUUCCGCAUUGGCCAAGUGUUGGUGGUAGAUCAAAACGGGUUCAGGCUUGGCAGAAAGCGAGGAAUCCAUGCUGGAAUAAACCAAUUGACACUAGGCGGAAGAGCAGUUGGGUGA